GGGGCGGAAGUCCAUCCCAUGUUUUCAGCUGUGAAAACAAAACAGCAGGAUUGUGCAGCUGAGUUGCUGAUAUGGAGGAGCUGGUGCAGGACCUGGUGUCUGCACUGGAGCAGACGUCGGAGCAGGCCAAGCUGGAUGAACUGUGGGAGGAGAUGGUGCUCAGCCCAUUGCAGCAUCGGCGGCAGGUCCGCAGACGUAGGGGACGCAAACGGCGCUGUGAUUUCUCCCUGCAUGGCCCAGAGCACAGCCGCUGCCUCAGCGAGGCAUCUGAAUCCAGCCUGGAUGAGGCUUUCGCCAGAAACCAAAGGCAGGGCGCUACAGCAGCUGUGGCCAUAGCAACAGCGGCUGUGGUUCCUGCUAACUAUAGUGAUUCAGAUGAUACGGUGAUAGCAAAGCGCUGGCCAUCAGCAUCGGUGUCUUUCAGGGCAAGGCAGCAUUCCUGGCCAGAGUCAGACUCCUUCACUGAGAAUACACCAGGCAGGCCUCUGCGCAGGCGCCGCAAAGUCAAACGAAUGACCUCGGAUGUGACUGUAAGCCUACAGCAGAAACUCAGAGUGUCUGGGUUGGAACGUCGUGAACAAACCCAUCAUCAUUAUCAUCAUCAUCAUCAUCAUCAGAGGUCGUAUAAGAAGCAGAGGCUGGGCCGAUUGAAGAAGCGCCCUGGGGCUUGGCCAGGGCAGGACGGGGGCUCUGUGGUGGCUGGAGUGGGAGGCCUGUCUGCGGAUUGUUGGAAGGACAAGAUCCUGCGCCAGGCCAAGGAGCAGAGGGAGGCCUCAGAUGAGAACAUGUCAGAAUGUGAAACAAGCAGUGUGUGCAGCAGUGACCCUGGUCUUUUCACCAACGAUGAAGGAAGGCAAGGUGAUGAUGAACAGAGUGACUGGUUCUUUGAAGGCGAGUGUGUGUCAGGCAUGAGCGUUCAGGGCUUGCGGUCCAGCAGAGAGUCAGAAACUGCCCCCAGGCCUGCUGGGCUGGAUGCUAGGAGAGAGAAGAGUCACUCAGCUACUUUCCUCCAGCCUGCCCGCCCCAAUCAGAGAGGUUAUCAUGCCCGUCUGAACCGUUUGCCAGAUGUGGCUGCACGCUGCAUAAGGAGAGGCAGGAGGAGGUUGCCUGGCAGGGAUAACAAUAUGGCUGUUUUUGUGGACAAAAUGAGGAGCUACCCACAUGAUUCCUAUCGGAAAGAGUUUUGGUUGCCUUCCUUUGGAAAACGAGACAGAAGUCAGCUGAAGCCUCUGUGUCCGUUGCCCAUGUAUCCUAUUGGCAUGGUUCCAGAGAGCUCCCUUCCCCGGUGCUCUUCGCCUAUGUGCAAAAGCAGUAGACAGCCUAAUGUGCAAAUGGGAUUGCUGUGUGCAGGAGACAUCAAGAGGAGGAGGAAAACCACAGCUGUUCCCACCACCGCUUCAGCAUACCUCCCCUUUCGCAAGGAGGCCAAGCGAGAAGAGGUCGACCAAGGCCUCACGAAAGCCCCAUCCACUCGAGGAGAUUGUGCUGUUCCCCUGCCCUCCACUUCACGGACACAUUGCUUCAUCAAACCAGGGACUUCAUUCAGCAGCCACGGGGAGCAUGAAGAUGACUGACGGAGACACUAGCACUGACAGCUCUCUUUUUGGGCUCAGCUACUCAGGGUGGAAGACCUACGCUAGAGUACUGUCCGAGAGUAAUAUCUGAAUCAGUGCCGCAAGUGUACAAGAAAAAUUUUUGGGACAUGAACCUCCUGUGUGAAUCCCCAUUGUGAAUUUAGUCUUUCCAAAAAAGCCACCAUUUUACAGAAAAAAAAAUGCUAAUGCAAUCAAGCCUGUUAAUCACCUUUGGCCAUUUUCUCAAGGAGGAGGGCUUGUUUAAGAGCUGUCCCCAUUUGUGGGUCAAGAUGUAAGCCCAAGGCAGCUCCUGUCUUUAACCCUUGAGUCAUCAGCCCACCUGCUAACUGAUCCAGCAACUAUAUUCAUUCAAAGUGAGACCGCCUUCGCCUUCCUGGCAUUAGAAAUAAUCACGUUUUUUUCUUUUUUUUCCAGUAGCUUAGUCUAUUAGAGAAAUCAGUCUAUAGUAGCUCAUCACAAAGCUCUGCUACCUCACGCUGGGACAAAGUUCAGAAGAGCACCCACCGAAAAAGCGGCUCAAAAACACAGGCCCCCUAUUAGCAUGGAUAUAAAACGCUAGAGUGCUCUAAAAACACUCAUUAGCACAACAGAGUGAGUGUGUGUUUCUGCACCCUCCGGGGCCUCCACCCACCACCCACCCCCCCGCUUUCACCCUCCAGAUUCAAAUGUUCACACAUGAAAGUUUUGUGCAGCCCAGUGCUUGUUCAAACGUGCAGUUUAAUUGUAAAGUAGUGAGUCGAAACUGGGUGGUGGCCAAGUCUUAAUGUUUAGCUGAAAGCUAGUCUAAUUCAGUUGUUUAGUGUUUUUAGUUGUUUUAGUACGGGUGGGCAAUAUGAUGAUAUUUAUCGUUGUUUUGAUAAAUUACUUCACAAUAUGCUUUUCUGAGCAUAUCAUGGAUACAGUCUUAAGGCUGCAGAUUUUUUGUUAAAACUGAAAGAAGUAACAUUAAUGAGUAAGGAGAAAAAAGAUGCUAGAGUAUGGUAUCUGGGUUGCUGCGAGUUUUUCAGCCGACAACAUACAUCUUUACAAAUUAACGUCACAUGCACAGGCUCGAAAAGGAGCUCCAGCUCAAUGUUUAGGUCUCAAAUGCAAAACUAACAUCAUACUACUGCAGAUAUGAUGACAACAGUAGAUAAUUCACUCACAUCCUUAGAAGACUCACCAAGUUUUGGGUGAGUUCUCUUUGAAUACACUUGCAGCACACUUGCAAUCAGAAUCAUCCAUGUGGGGAAGGGGUCUGAAGUACAACCAAUGUUACAAAAUGCUCUACUGUACGUUGUGUGCUGUUGCACCUUUCCACCAGAAAGACCUCCAAAACUUGCGUAGGGUAGCUUUAAAGGACACCGACCAGCUGCAUGUUUCAUUGCUAAGAGACAAUAAUUAAUCCAGUUUAAUGGAAUUUAGUGCAACGCUGGGUGUAAAACAUGGAACUAAAACCAUUGUAUUCAUAAUUUUUGUUAAUCAUUUCUAAACAUGAUGCUACUCGUUCUAUUUUUAUCUGUUCCAACUUAUCAAUUCUCAGAAAACAUAUUGUGAAAUAUUGUGAUGGAUAUUGUGGAUCAUGAAAGUGAGGUAUUGUGCUAUAUUUUGCCAUAUUGCCCACCCACGAGUGUUAGUUAGCAUGAGUUUUUAGAUUUUCAUUGUGAGCAUGGAGUUGUUGUAAAUGUGUUACAGUCAGUCAGAGAAGCCUUUGUGUGCUUAAUCUUGCCUAUAUCACUUAAAGCAGCAGGUGUUAAUGUUUUACAAAUACACAGCAGACUACAGUAUAUUUAAUCAGGCAUGGGCUGCUUUUUGCUUGUGUUGACGUUUAUAAAUGGACCAGUGUGGACCUGUAGACAGCUGUAGUAAGCAUUGUGUCCCUUUUCCACGGCUCUUUCCAUCUUCAUGACCAGCUGCCUUUGUGAUGUGGGGGAAUUGACAGAUAGGUUGGUAUAUUUUCUUAUCACGUUUUGUCAAUCGUCAAAGCGAUUGCCUCACCUGCCUCCGGCUGUAAUUAGUCGUUGCCAUGACAACAUCACUCGAUGAGCCCCUCCUCCCUUAGCCUGUACGGCCUGAAAUGAGUUUUGUCGGCGGGGCAGGAAGUGAGAGCGGGGGGACGACGCGUGCGCCCAGUCAAUCGCCUCAGCUACAGUUAAGGAAUCCAGUGGGUUGAUGCUGCUCAUAUUUCAUCCUUGGUAAAGAUUACCUGUCAGCCCCAGAGGAGAUGUAUUGAUCUGUUUUCCUUUUUUUUCUGCCAGCAAUCACCUGACAAAGGCACCUAGGAGUGCGGGAGUGAGUGAUGCCCGUUCACGUCUCCACCCCAGUGUGCUGGAUUGGGGGCUUCCAGUGACCACUCACACUGGAAGAUAAUGCCAUCAUAAACUCUACGUGAACUUGCACAUCACAUCAGGAACAACAUACAGAUUCUAGUCAUCAUUGAGGACCUUUGGUUUGGACUUUAUUUCUUUCUCAAAUAAGAUGAUGGUUAAAUGGCUCAGUAGUGGGCAACUGUCCUAAGUAUCUGUUGGGGUCUGGUUUCGAAGAGUUAACCCUUAGAAGUCUAGGGUUUUUAAGUGUACUUAUGUAUUUAUUUACAUAGCAAGUUACACAUUAAAUUACAUUCUGUAUCAACAGGUUUGCACUUCUGACCAACAGUAACACGAAUAUGGCAACAAUGACUUUUCAUCAAAUUCAAACCAUAAUGCAACAUUUCCUCUUCUGUUUACAAAUACAAUAUUGAAAGAAAGUUUAAGACGCACACUUUCAGUAGAAGUUCCCUGCUUGUUUUAGUGAGCUGUGGGUAAGAAAUAAUUGAUAUCGAACACCAAACUUUUGUUUUCAUCUGUGAUAACUGCGACUUCUAAGAGUUAAUGGUAAAGGAGGGAAGGUGACUUGGGUUAGGCUGGUGUUAAAGACACACAUCUCUCUUAUUAUAUUGUUAAAAAUGGCUUAAUAGAUGUAGAUCUUACUCCCUUCAUGAUUCAAUCCAAGUGAAGCAUUAGAGUAUAGGAUAAUGCUAUGCCUAACACAAAGCCCUCUGCAGCACUGAGAACAUUCUGCAUUAAAAAAAACUCAGUGGCGUAUGUUGUACAUGACAGCUUUGUGCUUAAAUUUGUGCAGAUUUCCUGGCAGCUCAAUAUCAUUGUUUAUUUUUUGAAUGUUGAGAAAAUAACCAUAUGAAUAAAUGCAGUACUAUAUACUGUAAUAACUCUUGCGUAUAUACACUGAACUUUGAGUUCAUUGGGUGCACCUAUCUUGUUGCUGCACUCACUGGCCGUUUUAUCUGAUACACCUAAAAUAUAGGUGCACUUUGCAGGCGUACAGUUGCUGACUGUAGCCCAUCUGUUGCUGUACAAUUUGUUUUAGUCGUCCUCUAUUCUGUCCAUCAGUCGAAAGGGACCACUAGAGGACAGUUGCUGACCAGAUAUUAUUUGGGUGGUGGACCACUCUCAACACAGCAGUGACAUUCACAUAUCAGUGCCAUGGCAGUGGCGCUGUUAUGAGUAUAUCAGGCACAUCUUACACAUUUUAAUGUCACUGCUAGGUUGAGAGUGGCCUACCGACCAAAGAUAUCCAGCCAACAGUGAUCCUGUGGUUUAAAGAUAUCUGUAACAUUUUAUGCAUGGAAAGUGAUUGGCUGAUAUUGAAGACCUGUGGUAUCAUCAGUAUCGGCAAAAGUAUUGCCUAUAAUGCCUAUAAUAAAAUAAGAAGUGCAAAAUUUAUCCAGACCUAACCUUUAGCACGAGAAUAUGUUAUAAUACACACAAAAACUUUUUUUGUGAUGAGAACUAAUGUAAAAUACGAAAAAAAAGAGAUAACAGAAAAACACAAAGAAUUCUGGGUCCCUGAUGCCACAAUAUUUAUACUAUUUAAGACCAUGUGUUUCUGCUGUUUAUUUGUGUUUAAGAAAGUGACAAUUGAAAACCGACAAUCUCUGUCUAUAGAGCACUGUUUAACUAAAACUAUUGGAAUAUAAAAUUCAAAAUGUAGGUUCUAAAAAUAAUUUUUAGCCCAUUAAAACCAGUAAUUAAUACUGGCCACAAAGUGUUCAUAUGGGUCCAUCUAUCAAAAUAGGCGUGUCUAAUAAAGUGGCAACUCUGUGUAUUUUGUGUUUCUCCACUCCAUCCUCAGUAUCAGCCUCCAGUCCUACACUUUUGUCCUUCUAUUUAUUACACAUCAAAUGCUUUAUGCUGGUGUUUGACAGAAGUUAUUGUAGAUACGUAGAUAUGUAGUAAUAACCAUACAUUGGGCAUGUAUUAUGCAGUGAACAUUGAAUCUAAUCAUGGAAGAAUUGGUUUCAUUUAUUAAGUGGAACAUUGUGUAUUGCACUGAACGAAACAUGUCGGUAUCAUCUUUGGGCAGCUAUUUAUUAAGGUAUUGAAUAUGGAACCACAACAACAAUAUAUCAUAACAUGUCAGUACAGUAUAUGUGUAGUAAUGGCUGUGAAAGCAUGCAUAUUCAGAGUACUUGUCAAGUCAUAUCAGUAAGAGUGUCAGUAGAUGUAAAACACAGUUUUGUCGUGCUGAGCUUGACUUAAAUAUCCAAAAUCUGUGAAACAUACACUUUAGUAACUAAUGCCAUAAUCAACAUGUUCAGAACAUUAUACUUAACCAGACAAUGUUAUUGCACAAAAUGUGGGACAUGCCAUCAUCAGUCAGUAUGUUGAACACUUUCAGUUUAGUUGUUGGGAAAGACCUUGAUGUAGUGGUCAGUAUUUGUAUGCCCAUUCUGCUUUUCAUUUUUGGCCAAUAAUGUAAAGGAUGUGAAGUAAUGAAGAAUAAAAAUAUAAUUGGAGGAU